CUUCUGCUGUUCUCGUGGUCCCCUCACAAUGGCGGGUAUCCUCUUUGAGGAUAUUUUCAAUGUGAACGAUAUUGACCCGGAGGGCAAGAAAUUUGACCGAGUGUCUCGACUACAUUGUGAGAGUGAAUCCUUCAAGAUGGAUCUCAUCUUAAAUGUAAAUAUUCAGAUUUACCCUGUAGACCUGGAUGGCAAGUUCUGGCUGGUCAUAGCUAGUACCUUGUAUGAAGAUGGUACCCUUGAUGAUGGUGAAUACAACCCCAUUGAUGAUAGGCCUUCCAGGGCUGACCAAUUUGAGUAUGUAAUGUAUGGGAAAGUAUACAGGAUCGAGGGAGGGAAAACUUCUACUGAAGCAGCAACACGUCUCUCUGCCUACGUGUCCUAUGGGGGCCUGCUCAUGAGGUUGCAAGGGGAUGCCAACAACCUGCAUGGAUUUGAGGUGGAUUCCAGAGUUUAUCUGCUGAUGAAGAAACUGGCCUUCUGAACCUCGCAAGAAGCCAGCCUGACUGCCUAACCACUCAGGUCACGGACAUUGUUCAAGCAUGAGUAGCAGUUGCUAUUGUUCACCUGUUGAGGGUCUGGCUCUCUGUCCAAUGUGAGUGCAUCUUUAUCCAGCCUGGACUCAAAGGGAAACUGACUUGCCUAUGAAAGACCCAGUUAGAAAACUUAAAAUGCACAAUAAGUUAUAUUUUGUAUAUGACUUUUAAAUUAAACUUUACUUUUUCAGAUUGUUUCCCCCU